CUCUAAAUGAAAACAAAAAAGUGGUGCGACUAAAUUGCAUAACAAAAAUCAGUCAAGUUCAUUACAUUCAUUAAUCGGGAUUUGGAACAGAAAAGAAAAGAAUAAGUUUGACGGAAGUGUGUUUUUCCUUUAAAAAAAAUAUUUGAUUUUGAUAUACAACGAAAUGUCUCGGUCUAAUAUUUUUAAAUCAUUUGCUGGAUUCUUUAAAAGUAGCUCCAAAACUGGGACUACCGACAAAAUUCAGAACAUUCCAAAAAUCGCUGUUACGAGCAAAAACUAUGCCACCGAGGCUGCAUUUGAAAUCCGGGAAUGUAGUUUACACAAUUUAACAAGCGGCCCAGGUACCGAAACCACUGUCACCCGCGAUGAAGCGCUCAAAUACUACGAGCAAAUGUUCACCAUUCGUCGAUUGGAAACGGUUGCUGGAUCACUGUACAAGGAGAAAAUAAUUCGUGGAUUUUGUCAUCUGUACUCCGGCCAAGAGGCGUGUGCCGUCGGUAUGAAAGCUGCAAUGCGUCCCGAUGACAGUGCAAUUACUGCUUAUCGUUGCCACGGCUGGACAUAUUUGUUCGGUGUAUCGCCCGAAGUUGUGUUGAGUGAAUUGACCGGACGCGAAGCAGGUUGUUCACUUGGAAAAGGUGGUUCGAUGCACAUGUACGCAAAGAAUUUCUAUGGCGGAAAUGGUAUCGUUGGUGCUCAAGUUCCGCUUGGCGUCGGAAUUGCAUUGGAGGCGAAAUAUAAUAACAAGAAGGCAGUCUGUAUUUCACUGUACGGUGACGGAGCAGCCAAUCAGGGGCAAAUAUUUGAGGUCUAUAACAUGGCGAAAUUGUGGAACAUUCCAUGCAUUUUCGUGUGUGAAAACAACGGAUACGGUAUGGGAACCAGUGCUGAACGAGCUUCUGCUAGCAUUGACUAUUACAAACGUGGUGAUUAUGUUCCCGGAAUUCGUGUCGAUGGCAUGGAUGUUUUAGCUGUUCGCGAAGCGACUCGUUUUGCCAUUGAUCAUUGUGAUUCUGGUAAAGGACCAAUGGUUAUGGAAACUGCUACUUACAGAUAUAGCGGUCACUCAAUGUCUGAUCCCGGUACCAGCUAUCGAUCACGUGACGAAGUCCAAGAAGUUCGCCAAACGCGUGAUCCAAUUACUUCAUUCAGAGAAAAAAUUAUUUCUAAGAACUUGGCCACAGCCGAAGAGAUCAAGGCACUCGAACUGAAAAUCCGUAAUGCUGUUGAUGAAGCCGGAAAGAAAUCGAAGGCGAACAAAGAAUUACCAGUUUCUCAGCUGGUCACCGAUGUUUACGCGAAUCCGAAAAACAGCGAGACAAUCAGAAAUACUACGCCCACGAAGCCAUUGAAACAUACCACACUGAAUAGAGCCGUCAAUCUAUAAGAGUCUCUAGGCGUAUGUUAAUACCAGAAAACGAUG